GUAUAAAUACUCUUAUAUUUGGCGUUUGUAACUUUUGUUUUAAUAGAAAUUAAAACUGACGUGAGCGAAGCAACCGAGAUUGUGAAUGAGUAUACACAACGCAUUUCCUAUCUCAAGAAACAAACCGGUAGCUUAAAAUCAAUGAACGGUCAACAAACUGACGUUGAAACAAGUACAGCCAAUGGUUGUCCAAACGGCUUUACAGAAAUUGUAGGUCAUUGCUAUGGACAACCUUCUAUUACAGCAUCUCAACCAAAGGCUUAUGCAAUCUGCGCCGCAGUGGGAGGAUAUCUCGUACAACCGGAAACAAAGUCCGAAUGGGAAAAUGUCAGAUACUUUCUUGAUCAGCAUGGAGGCGAGUCUGCGUAUAUCGGUUUGACUGACGUGUUGGUUGAAGGACAGUAUAUGUGGAGUCACGGUGGUAAGCUACUCUCUUCCGCAAUGAACAAAUGGGUCUGGUCUGCACGGCAACCGGACAACUAUUGGGACAUUGAACACGUCAUCCACAUGGUCAACUGGCAAGGUUUCCACUUCAACGACAUCGACUGGGGACAGUGGUACUCUGCUGUUUGUGAAAUCGGCGAAGGCAAAAAUGAAAUGGGCGAAAAUUAUAUCGGCGAAUUCGAAGAUGAAAUUGGGGAAGGCAGUGGCGAUGAGUUCGACACUUAGACCAGUCUUGCAAUGACUGUAUUAAACACCAAACGGACUUUGAUGUGAAAAGUCGGUAAACAUUUGCAAAUUUGAGUAUAUUAAUUUUAAUGUAAGAACUCCUCUGUCAACUGAUGAUAAUUAAUAAACAGUCUUCAUCAAA